AGGCAACAAAAAAAAAACCUUGAGUUUCCUGUUGGAAUUGUGUAAAAGAAAGAAUGACUGUGAUUGGCUGACCAGCUGACAUUUGCAUUGUUGGUUGCCGAACACCGAUCGUCGUCCAUUUCAUAAGGCAAGAUGGCGAAGCAUAGCUGGAAAACAAGUCUAGAGGACAGUCAGAUAGCAGGACUUUAUGAUUUGGGAGAAAAAUUAGGCAGAGGACACUAUGCAGUCGUUAAAACUGCAAGACAUGUAUUUACUGGCGAACAAGUAGCAGUCAAAGUGAUCGACAAAACAAAACUAGACGAGAUUUCGAGGGAACAUCUCAUGAAAGAAGUACGGUGCAUGAAGCUUGUACAACAUCCAAACGUCGUUAAAUUGUACGAAGUAAUCGAUACUAAAACUAAACUGUACCUUAUCCUUGAACUGGGCGAUGGUGGAGACAUGUAUGACUAUAUUAUGAACCAUGACCGUGGUUUAACCGAAGAAAAAGCUUGCUAUUUUUUUCGACAAAUCGUACUUGCCAUUGACUAUUGUCAUAAGUUGCAUGUCGUACAUCGAGAUUUAAAGCCUGAAAAUGUCAUCUUUUUUAAGAACCAAGACUUAGCAAAGCUGACAGAUUUUGGAUUUUCCAAUAAUUUUAUACCAAAUCAGAAACUGGAGACCGCUUGUGGAUCUUUGGCGUACUCAGCACCCGAGGUUUUACUAGGAGAUGCUUACGAAGCGCCUGCUGUUGACGUAUGGAGUUUAGGUGUCAUUUUAUAUAUGUUGGUCAGUGGUGAAGCACCAUUUAAUGAAGCCAAUGACAGUGAAACAUUGACGAAAAUAAUGGAUUGUUGCUAUCAAGUUCCAUCACACGUUUCCGGUCUAUGCAAAAGCCUUAUAUCCCGCAUGCUUAAACGUGAACCACAUCAUCGUGCAAGCAUAGCAGACAUAAUAAAACAUCCCUGGUUACAGCAAGGCAAUACGCCAUUAGUGCCAUUUGAUGUGCCGCUGGUAGCAGAAUUACCACUUACACCAGAAGAACACCUGAUAUUAGUGGAUAAGAUGGAAUCAGGGAACAUAGCCACUAAGGAACAGAUCUUGAGGUCUCUUCAAGAGGAUCCUUACAACCACACUGCUGCUACAUACUAUCUAUUGGCAGAACAGCUUCGUAGAACUAAACCAAUAAAUGAUGUUAAUAGCCCUAAUGCUGCAAAGAAAAAGAAACGAAGUCGAGGUUCAGUAACGGAAAAUGCCUUAAGAGCACACAGAACACCCUCAAGGCCAUCAUCUGCAGAAAGUGAUAGUGGUUCGGAAAAAUCCAGUGACAAUAGUCCAAGAACAAGCUCUAGAAGACUGGUGCCAAGAGAAGGACAAAUCAUGAACAAGAUCAUCCAGGCUCACGCAAUUGAAGUUGACGAAGCUUUACAUAGUUCCAUGGAAGAUGAUGAUGGGAAUCUCAUGGAAAGUCGUCGAAUAUUCCGUUCGUUGGACGACUUUGCCUCAGGAUCUUCAUCAUGUCGUAGUUCGGAAGACAACAUCAGGCCUUCUCUUGUUCCUUCUAAACCACGGAACCGUAGACAAAUCAACUCGCACAUGCCUUUAGCUAAAGCCAAGAGUACACCCUUACAUUUGAACCAAAUAUUUGAGGAACGUGAAUCAGACUUAGAUGACAGUCCAAUGAACUCUCCUCGAAUAGAACGAUCGCGUAAGCACACAGGUGGUGGAGCCAUUAAACCAAGACGAACCCCGAGACGUUUAUCACCCGUUACUUCAUCUGGGAGCCGACGUUCAUCUAGUUGUAGCAGCUCAGAUGAUGAUGAUUUAGAUAAACACAUGAAAAGAUUGAAUACAAGCUCUAGUUGUCGACGAAGCCCRAGACAAUAUCGCCGAGAUGACAGUGGAAGUGAAGGGGACGGUGGACUGGAUGGAAGCGGUAGUAGGAAUAAACGAAUUGAACAUUUAGGUCAURCGACUUCCAGUCAGACUACAAACGAUGAUAAAAGCUCCAAGGGUAGUACUCAGCAACAAAAUGGAGGCGGAAAAACRAACUGUUUGAAUAGAAGUAACUUCUUACUCCACAGUGAAAACAAGUUUACAACCCUAGACUGUAUAGAUGAAAGUAAUAAGGAAAACAUGUUUGGAGAACAAGGGACGGGUACUACUACUACUGAUAAUAAUCACAAGUUACUAAAGGAAAACGCCUUACUAGUCAGUAACCUUGAUGAAUGUGUGAUGUUCCAGGAUGGCAAUGAUAGGGCAAAUACUGCCSCUUCUGAUUACAGCUGCCUGGUAUCUGAACGCAAAGGCAGUGCUGUCAAGUACAUUCAUAGUUUUUCGGAACUAGAAAGAACUCUAGUAGAAAGUAAUGGUGAUAUUUUGUGUAAUGGUGGGUCAGGUAAACGDGAUUCACUUACACCAACCGAUCUAGAAAACAUUGACAUGAAAGUCGAUGUUAAGAGGCAGAAGAUUCUCAAAUCAGAAACUCCUGGCCUACAGGUCCUACGAUCACCUUCUGUUAGCUAGUAUUUUUCCAUUUACCCAUCCCCACAUCCCCUCUUGACGAGUACAAAGGACCAGUUCAGCUUGGCUAUUCUUGGCUUCGAAACAGAUGAAUCAUAGCAUGCACUUUUGCAUGACGGGGGUUAGUAAGUAAUGCUCAGGUUUKACUGACGCUUUGCAAAGUAAGGUCGAUUGGUCGACAUGAUCAUCUGGUCAAAAAGAAGAAGAUUUAGCCUCGCUACCUGAUGCUGAUGAUGUGAUUUGUCACCGCCCUACGGAGGCAAAUAUUCAACAAAGAAGUUUGCUCCGUUAAUUGCAAAGUUUGUGGUUGGCCUUUUUGAGAGCAUGCUGGGCUAAGAUUAGAUUUAGGCUGAUAUAAUGAAUGUUCAAUGUCUCAUCUCAUGAUUUGCAUUUGCCGUCUUCUGAUGAUGCGUCGUAUAACCUUAUCGCGUUCCCAAUGCGCUGUAUGGUAAAAAUAUUCAUUCUAAUCAAAUCUAAGCGGCGGCGAUUUUCAUGUURGAUGUUAUGAACGCUACCAAGCGAUUCGUUGCUGCUACUAGUUUCAAUUACUGCGUUUUUUAAUCAUAAAAGCCGCGAGAAGUAUGAUUAAACGAGAUGUAAGCCGUAAUUGCUCCGGAAACAGUGAAACCAACUCAAUAUGACUGCCGCAUGACUGACAAGAUUGGAUCGUUCAUUGUGGUGAUCUGUGUCAUCAAUCUUUGUACAGUAGUUGCAUUAGUUUUGGUCAGAUCACUAGAACAACGAAUAGAAAGUUUUGGAGUCGCUCUGAUCAACUGCYGCCUCUACGAGGCAUUGUUUUGUGUGUCUUAUGGUAAUGUAUAGGGGAAGCAGCUGUAUUCAAUCAUCUGUCAAUUAAACUCUUCCACGAUCAGGGCAUAAACCAAAUCAAAUGCACUUUGGCUUCCCUCGGGUAGUUCUUAAUCAUAUUUUUAUCCAGAGUCUAGCUCAACCRUAUACUUCCCUGACAUUUUUUAUUGUUAUCUUUCUAUUUUUAACAGCCCAUAAAAAUUAAAUUCACUAAYAAACA